UGCAGCGCAGGCAGCCUCACGAGCAGCUGCGGCGCGCCGGCCGGGAGGGCGGCGGCAUCAUGGAGCUGAAGAAGGACAGCAACGCCGUGGCCAUCGACAUGCUGCUGAUCGUGCAUUCGGAGAAGCUGCGCGCCGCGGAGGGCACGCACUUGAACCCGCAGGCGGAGCCCGACUCGCGCCUGCAGCGCGGAGGAGGAUUCCAAGGUGUCAGCAAUGGGACCCGGAAAUGGCAGAAAUUAGAAGGAAAUGACCUUCAUGGAAACCUGGCAGAGAAGCAGCACCGUCAGCAGCCCCAGGUCAUCACUUCCUAUGACAACCAAGGGACACAGCUGACUGUGGAGGUCCACCCUCGAGAUGCCAUGCCCCAGUUUCUCAAGAAGUUCUCCUUGGCUAAACGUUUACAAGGUGAUAAAAAUGGAAACACAAGACCCCGGCAGCCUGGAAACAAAGACGCCCAUGCCUACCCCUGGGAUCGGUCCAGCCUAAAGUCCAUGCCCCUGGACCUGCAGCAGUUUGAAAAAGUGGACACCUAUGCCUCACAGGUGACAGUCAAGAGUGGCCUGGAUGAACUGGUGAGUGACCUGCUCCAGGAGGCCCACAGUGAUCUAGAAAGGGUCCGAGCCAUCUGGAUCUGGAUAUGCCAUCAUAUAGAGUAUGACAUUGAGGCUGCCCAGGAGAAGGAUCGACAGGCCUUCAAGCCCACUGACAUCCUGCGGACCCAGAAGACCAACUGUGAUGGCUAUGCUGGCCUCUUUGAAAGAAUGUGCAGGAUUGCUGAUGUCCAGUGCAUGACAGUGCCCGGUUAUUCCAAGGGCUUCGGCUACCAGACAGGGCAGAGCUUCUCUGGAGAGUUUGACCACGCCUGGAACGCUGUGUACCUGGAGGGCAGGUGGCACCUGCUGGACAGCACCUGGGGCAGCGGCCUGGUGGACAAGGCCACCUCAAAAUUCACGUUCCUCUACAACGAGUUCUACUUCCUCACCCAUCCCGCACUGUUCAUUGAGGACCACUUCCCAGACAACAAGAACUGGCAACUGCUAAAGCCUCCUCAGUCUCUGAGGCAGUUUGAGAACAGCAUGUAUCACAAGAGUGAGUUCUACAACAAGGGGAUGCUGAGUGCCCACCCGGACGUGUCCAUGAUCAGAACAGUGAAUGGGAAGGCUACGAUCACCAUUGAGAGCUGUGCCCCAACGCUGUUCAUGUUCAUGCUCAACGGAAAGCAGGAACAUGGGCUACUGAACCUCCGGAAGAAUGGGAUGAAGCUAGAGGUGUACCCUCCAACCAUGGGCACCCAUAAGCUGCAGAUUUUUGCCAAGGGCAACUCAGACAUCUACAGCUCAGUGCUGGAGUACACAGUCAACUGCAACUACGUAGACCUGGGGGUCCAGCUGCCAGCUGAGCUACACCAGCCUGUGGGCCCCAGCUGGUUCUCGGAGCAGAUGGGGAUCCUGAAGCCCUCGCACCCUGACCCUGUCAUCCACACCAGGGAUGGACGCUGCUCCAUCAGCUUCGGCGUGGAGGAGGGCAUCAGUGUCCUGGCUUCCCUGCAUGGAGAUGAUGCCCUCAUCACUGAGGAGACACAGCGGCGCUAUAUCUUCCAACUGCACCGGGAGAAACGGAUUGAACUGAAAGUCCAGCUGCCCCAUGCCGGCAAGUUUGCCCUCAAGAUCUUUGUCAAGAAGAGGCAGGAACCGGGCAACUACAUCUUCGUCUUCAAUUACCUCCUGUGCUGUGCCAACACCAAGGUGAACUGGCCUGUGUUCCCUGAGAGCUUUGGCAACUGGGGACAGGACAAUGAGCUGCUGGAACCUCUGUCCGGUGUGCUUCCCGCCAACCGGAAUGUCCCGUUCAAACUGAAGCUGCAUGGUAUCGCCAAAGCCCUGGUGAAGGGGCAGGACACAUGGCCCCUGACCCUGAAUCACGAGGGCUACUGGGAAGGCAGCUGCAGCACAGCCGGCUGCCAGGAGGUCUACGUCAUGGUGCUGGAGAACGCCAACCACAACUUCUACUCCUACAUCCUGAAGUACAGAGUGAACACCCAGUGAGGGCCUGGGCCCCACAUACCCUCCCAGGGGGCCAUGGCCAGCCCUACCCAGGAGAGGCCAAGUGCAGAGAGUCCUGGACACCACUGAGUCUGCAUAAAACCAUUUCUCAGCCUCUACCUCAGUCUCCCUGCUCUGCUGCAGGUGCUGGGAUAUUUAUGUUCUAAAGGCUUCACUCAGUAUGGCCAUGGCUAAAGGGACAGAGGUGAAGGCCCUUAGAAGAAAAAGGUGCUAUGUAAAUCCAAGAUAUUGUGAACUGUACACCAGUGCCCAGAUGCUCCCUUUUUGUGCUAAUGUUGUUACCAUAGGUAGGAUUGAUGUGGGAAAGCAGGGAUGUUGUCCAAGCUGAAAGCUUUCCAUGUGAUGCUUAGAGAAUUCUCCUCCAUAGCCCAGAGGAGCAUGACAUGUAAGGCUGAGUCUCCCUUGGAUCACGGAGCCCCUUCCAAGUAGCAAACGAUGCCUCUUCACAGCUUCUGGACUCCAGGGGAAAAUAGACCUGACCGUCUUCUGCAUCCCUGCUGCCUCUUCAUUAGCCACUUCUUGCUCUUCAAGAGCCCGGGGGAAAAACGGUGUGAGAGGAAGCUAUCUGACUCCUGAGCAGCAGGGACUGUGACAGCAAAAGCAGAGAGCAGCCAGGGCCACUCACAGACAUCCUGGGUGGGGGGUGGAAUGGUUCUUUGGCAGUCUUGUAACCCAGUCUUAAGUCCCCUGGCUCAGGCUCCUACAGGAGCACAAAGCGCAAUGGUUCAGCCUCUCUGGUCCAAGCCUCAGGGCUGGCCUUGCCUUUCUGGGAGCCUCCAGAGGCCAGCUAAACCUGUCAGGAGCUUGAUAACAAAGCUCAGUAGUCGCCCCAGGCCAGGCAGGGAGAUGAGGUGAGCAAGCAGUAUGGCAGAAGCAGUGCUCAGGAGAUUCACUUGGGCCACUGCCAGCCGAGAGCCCCUGCCAACAAAGCCAGGAUGGGGGACCUGCCUGCUCUGGAGCAGCUUUUGUGUUGUGGCUGAGAAAAAGUCCUAUCCCAUCUCCUUUCUUUUCUAGAAAUGAGACCCCACCCA